GAAAGCGAAGAAGGAAGUUUAGUGGCGGGGUGUGAGGGUUGUUUCGUCCGAAGUACGUAGAAUGCUAAAAAUGGUAUCCCAACAUAAGCCAACGUAAGGUUUAAUUGAACAAAUGUAUACAAGGCUGAAGCUAAUAGUGGCAGUAUGAAUAAAGAGAACAAGGAAAAUCAAUGUUUUGGAGUGUGUGGAAGCCCAGUCAAAACUCCUCUAAAACAAACAGUUACCUCUAAUUGGCUUUUGGCAGAGAUCCAGCCUACUGCUUCUGACCAUCUGACAACACCACCAAAGCCCAAUGAAAGCACUUCUUGUGACCCAUGGACGCCAACUGCUAACCUUAAAAUGCUGAUCAGUGCGGCUAGUCCAGAGAUUAGAAAUCGAGAACAGGGAAAAAAAUGGUCAGAUAAUAAAAGUGAAAGCCUUGAGGAUCAUUUGUCAGGAGAUGAAUAUGAAAAGCCUCAAACAAGCCGUAAAGAGAAAAGCCUUGGAUUGCUAUGUCAUAAAUUCUUAGCCCGCUAUCCUAGUUAUCCUCACUUUUCUAAAAGUAAUGAAAUAUGUCUUGAUGAGGUAGCAGAAGAUCUCAAUAUUGAGCGCAGGCGUAUCUAUGACAUUAUGAAUGUAUUAGAAAGUCUUCACAUGGUGAGCCGGCUUGCCAAAAACAGAUAUUCCUGGCAUGGCCGUCAUAAUCUUAAAAAAACACUGCAGGCUUUGAAAAAAGUAGCUGAGAAAAACAAGUACUUGCAACAAAUCAAGCUGACUAAACAAGGAAAAAAUGGGCAAGAGUUUGGAAAUGCUGACCACAAUAUUGAAUGGAUGUCAAUGCAUGCUGGGUCAAAUUAUCAUACAGACUUUGUGGAACUUCCUGGGAUGGAACUUCAAGCAGUUUCAGUAAAUAGUCGUAAAGACAAAUCUUUAAGAGUGAUGAGCCAGAAAUUUGUAAUGUUGUUUCUUGGGUCAUAUCCCCAAGUUGUGAGCCUUGAAGAUGCUGCUAAAAGUUUGAUUGGUGAAGACCAUUGUGAAUCACUGGAUAAAAGCAAGUUUAAAACUAAAAUUCGAAGACUAUAUGAUAUUGCUAAUGUUCUUAGUAGUCUUGAACUCAUCAAGAAGGUUCAUAUUACAGAAGAGAAGGGCCGCAAGCCAGCAUUUAAAUGGAUAGGACCAAAUGUUUUUUCAGAUGUUAAAGAUACCCAGCCAAAACUGGAUGCAAUGCCACCUCCUGUGGAAGAUAAACCUUUUAAAGAGUGUUGUUCUAAGAAUCUCUUCCCUACUAAUAGCAAACCACAUUUCACAAGGCAUCCAUCUUUGAUAAAACUGACAAGGAGUAAAGAAAAUGAUCAGAGAAAGAGUCACUCGGCUCCAGGCAGUCCUGUCAAAAAAUAUUUAGGCUCAACUAUUCCAAGCAAGAUGGCUCAACUUGCAGCAAUCUGCAAGCAACAAUUAGAUGAACAAUCAAGGGAAUUUGAAACGAUAAAAAAUAAAUUGGAGCACACGUCACCUUCUGAAUCUUGUUUGAAGCCCAAAGCAGUCUUGUUGCCUUCUCAAGGUCCAAACUUAUCCCCGACCUCCAACUCAAUACUUCCACCUGUCCUUUCUACUGUACCUUGUGCAGCAUAUUUGAAUCCGUCCCAACUAGUGACAACAUACCCAAAUUACAUGGUAUAUCCUAUUUCUACUACUCAUGUGACUAAAAUUAAGACUCCCAUGGAAGCUCUUACUGAAACAUUUACUAAAGACAGUUUUAAUGAUUGGAAAAAAGCUGAAGAGCUGCAACUCUGGCUAACUAAAGAACCCAGUGGAACAACAGAUAACAUGAUAUCUGAGAAAUGUUUUAAAAGAUCUAAGUUGCAGCUAGAGGAUAGUCCAAUUAAAAAAUGCAAGAGUAAAAAGGUGGAGCUUCAAGAUUCACUGCUGGUCCCCAAUGACGUUGCUGUAACCAGUAAGGGGGAAACAGAGUUGUGUGCAGUGGAAAAGAAAUCCUCUAGUUCCGCUAAUCUAGGUAAGUAUACGUUGAUCAUAUCACAGGAUUUUUCCAAAGUUAAUUCAUUUUGA